AUGGCUUCACGCGACCAUACCGAGGGCGGGAAACCGCCGUCCAAACCAAUCUCUAUCUCUUUAUCUAGUUCAAAUGGUCCUCCGAAAAAGACCGGUUUCAACCUCCAAUCCUCAAAUCGCGGCCAUUCUGCAAUUUCCCCAGCAAACGGCCGGUCACUACCACGGCGACCUCACCAGCUCGGUUACACCGAUGACUCCGACGAAGAUGAGGCCCCUCCGGUUCACGAGGAAAUCUUAGGGUUCGACACCCACACAGGUGGCGCCAUUACCGCGGACGGACAAGCAGUCGCGGACGCAAACAAGCCACUGAUCAUCCCCGUCACGAGCCAGAACAACUGGCGCGACCGACCGGGUAUGAAAAAAAGCAAGAAGAACCUGCUUCCUAGUGAAGUGCAGGCUAUGCAGGAAGCGCAAAAGAACGGACAAGCACCUCCCGGAGAGCCUACAGUAGAGACAGAUACGCCCAGCAUGGCGUACGGGCUGAGCUUUGCACGGCAGUCUGCAGAAAUGGCGGAUGGUGGCGCAGCAGUGGAUCAAGACCAGGCCAUGCCUGAUGCGAAACCUGUUGAGACCAAGCCCCUUACCGACGACGAGAUUGCCAUGCAGGCGCUGAUUCGGGAAACUACCGGCGACGUGGAACGGAGGUCAGACCUUAUUAUUGAGUCUGCUACAAAGGAGGCAGAGUCAGUCCACUACAGCGAGCUCGGAUCUUUCCGUACAGAUGUCGCAUCCCGGCCUGAGCCUGCUACUUUGGACGCUUACAAUGCCAUUCCCGUUGAGGAAUUCGGUGCCGCGUUGCUACGAGGCAUGGGUUGGAAGGAUGGUCAAUCUAUUGGACGAGGCAAAUACAGUAGUGCCACAGCUGCAGAGAGAGCGAAAACCCCUCGUGUUCCAGAACGACGACCUGGGUUCCUCGGCAUUGGCGCAAAGGAUUCAUCUGGCGGCAAGGGAGCUGAAAUCGAACUCGGAGCCUGGGGAAAAGCGGCUAUGCGCAAGGCGUCGAGGAAACAGGGGGAGGAGAACGACAAGGCUGAGGGUGUGUACAUGCCUAUCACGAUGCGGAAUAAGAAAACCGGCGAGCAACUCACCGAAGAUGAACUCGCUGCUCUAAAAAAAGAGGCCAAGUCCAAACCUCCCACGGAUGACGACUGGCGCGAGCGACGGGAUCGUAACCUUGAGAAGAGUGGCCGGGACAAGGAUCGAGACCGGGAAUAUCGCAAACGAGAUUACGAUGAGGAGGAGGAUCGUUCUCGUCGGAAGACUGGGUCCUCGCGACAUGACCGUAACCGCAGUCGGUCUAGUGGCCGCCAAUUUUCUAGUCGUUCCUCUCGACAUGAUGAUGAUGAUGAUGAUGAUGAGAAAAUCAGACGGGACGACCGUUCCUAUCGAGAUCGAGACCACGACCGGGAUCGUCGCCGGGACCGUGAUGAUGACAAGGACGAUCGAAGAAGAGAUCGAGAGCGGGACAGGGACCGCAGCCAUCGGUCUCGAGAUGAUAGAUACAGCAGCUCACGGCACUCGUCUCACUCAUCUCGGAAUGACCGAGAUCGUGAUCGUGACUCCCGUCGGAGUCGUCGCGAUAAUUAG